AUGUCCCGCCCCAGAUCCGACCUUGUGGACCAGCUCAAGUCCCUCGGCAUCACCGAGAGGACUGCCCUCUUUGCUCUAUCUAAAUCGAACAACGACAUGGGCAAGGCAAGGAAAUACGGUGAGCUGCACGAGACCACGUCGGGCCCGUCCUUUGGCGAGACGUCGGCGGUGUUGCAGCAUCUGUGCUGA